AGAAUCAGUUUUGAAAUCGAGGAUGAAUACUCGCUGCCACCAUUCUCAAGCGGCAAGAACCGAUUGUUAUCACGAAUCGUUUUGUGAUGUGUUCAAUUUGUACCUUUAUGACACGAAAUGCCAGUUGACAGGGGUAAUCAGCCAUGAAGAGACACUCGGCAAAAGUUCUUCUUUGUAGGUAAUAUCUUGAGCUGGAGCAUAGGCCAUAGGCUUCAAAUAGGAAGUAAUUUAUUGUUUUGAGGCAGCCGGGAUACUCAAGACAUGAAUCCGGCCGGUAGAAAAGCAGGCAAGCUUGCCACAUCUCAUAAAUUAGGAUUUCUUCUGAUACUUCUUGGAUUAGCAUGGGGACUGUAUCUUCUGCGUCUAACAGUUGUCUAUGAAGAAUCGCAACACAGGGAAAGCGAUGUUCUCAAACAACGGAUUAUUGAAUUGUCAAAAAAUUACAUAUCAGCAUUAGCGAAAGAACACACCUUUAAUCACAUUGGACCCCCACUGGAAGGACGAAGUCUAGAGCCAUCUGAGAUGAAAAAGGCCACAUCUCUUCUUCUUCAAAACAUGUUAGACCGUAUAAAGAACCUCGAAGAUGACCUCCACUACGUCAUUAUAAAUAGCACAACACAGUUUGCCAAAAUGACCCAACAGAUCGCCAUUCUUAACUCAUCAAUUGGAUCGAGGGCAAAUGAAUCAGAUGGUGAUUUCACUUGGAUGUGUGAAUUGCCUUUUGAACAAAAUUUCCCAAACUGUGUCCAGAAAGUGUCGUGGCUGAAAGAAAACUGGCAGACCGACCCGAAAUACAAAAACCGUGGUGUCAACGGCUCGUUAUGCAGCUUCUUGACUUAUCUUAGUGAGGUCGAAAGCUUCUGCCCUAAAACCUUUAUAAAAAGGAAAGUGCCUCUGGGACGUGGGGAGAGACAGAAAGCAAUCAAUCAAGAGUGCGUCAUUCCCAAUGAUCACGCCUACCCACAUUGUACUGCUAAAGUAGCGUGGAUGAAACAAUACUGGAAGUCCGACCCAUAUUAUGCAAGCCGGGGUGUUGAUGGCAGUGUCUGCUCGUUUGUUCAUUUUUUAAGUGAGGUUGAAGACUGGUGCCCCCUUCUGGACGGUCGAAAAAAAGAGGAAAAACUCUCAUGCCAAAUCCCAAAAGAUCCCUCCUUUCCGAGCUGUGCAGAAAAAAUCGCCUGGAUGCGAAAUUCUUGGAAAUUAGAUCGCUGCUAUGCAGAUUACGGCGUGAAUGGUUCAAUUUGCUCUUUUAUAAUAUACCUAAGUGAGGUUGAGCACUGGUGUCCCUUGCUACCAGGCAGAUCCCGUCGUCCGACCCCAACUGUCCCACUUAAGGUUGAAGAGCAGCCAAAUUUAGAGCAAAAAGGCAUCCGAGAUUUGCUAGCAAAACUGGAAGAUCCAAACAAACACAAGUACAGCUGGAUCAAAACCAGGCUGACUUAUACGUGGCAAAAUUGGCUCAAUGCACGUGCUGAACUUGAGAAAAAGCGACCGUUGAAAAGUUAUCCUAGAAAAAGGAUUCUAAUUUUCAUUGGACUGCUUGCGGAUGAAGGAGUGUAUCACUUUGGCGAAAAUGCAGCCUCUGGAGGACCUUUGGGUGAGCUUGUGCAAUGGAGUGACCUGAUUGCCUCUAGCUUUCUGCUUGGCCACGAUAUCAAAGUGUCUGUUGAGAAAAACCAAAUCAAAAGGCUUCUGGGGGCCUCGGCAAGCUCAUACUGUCCUAGCACAAGUCCGUUACAUUUUGAUAUCAUCUACCUGGACUAUAUUGGCCUUCUUCUCGUCAAACAGCUACUUGGAAAUAUCGAACAAAUGAAGUGUCGACUUCGUAUUGUUGAUUCGUUUGGAACCGAGGCUCAGUUUAAUCAUUUGACUGACAAGGCCUUAAAGACGUCGUUUGGCAGCCAUGACCUGCAGCUAAAGCAGUUCAAUACGAUGUUCCCACACAGUCCUGAUAACACUUUCCUUGGAUUCGUCGUGGGUCCAAAAGUCAACGAAAAUCAAGUGAUAGAGAAGAAGCCAAUCGCACUGGUUUAUGGAAAGCACCGAACAAUGUGGCAGAAUGUGCAAAAGACCCGCUUUCUUGAUAUUGUUAGUGAAUACUUCGAAGUACACGCAACGGUUGGCACCAACGGACAAGGAAAAUUUACCAUUCCUUCAUAUAUAAAAAAUCAUGGUGUGUUGCAGCGCAAAGAUUUAAUGACCCUUCUCAAGUCUGCCAAGGUCUUUGUCGGCAUGGGAUUUCCUUUCGAAGGACCCGCCCCCUUGGAAGCCAUUGCAAAUGGAUGUUUCUUCAUCAACGCGAAGCUUAUACCCCCGUUGAAUCGAGAGAAUUCUCAGUUUUUCAAAUCGAAGCCUAUGUUCCGUAAGUUAGACUCGCAGCAUCCUUAUGCCGCUCGUUUUAUUGGAAAGCCUUUUGUGCAAACAGUAAAUUUGGACAACAGGACUGAGCUUGAGGUUGCUUUGAAAUUUAUCAAAAAUAACUCGAUAAAACCAACUCUUCCAUACGAAUUCACUUUUGAGGGGACUUUGGAAAGGCUGUAUGCGUUAACAAAGUAUCAAGAUUUUUGCGUGCAAAAUAACUGGCCCCCAUUGCGAAAUCGAAAAGUUCUCGCUGGUCGAGACAAUUUAUCGUGCAAAGAAGUUUGUGAAAAUCAAGGUAUGAUUUGCGAACCAAAAUAUUUUGCUUCGAUAAACACCGAACAAAUGUUGAAACACCACACAGGCUGCACAUCAACCGAUCGAAAAGCUUCUUUUGUGGCACCUGCUGUAAACUCUCAAGGCAACGUCUGUACGUUACAAGACGAGAAACUCAUGUUUAGUUGUACUGCAAACAGCCCAACCUUUUCAAGACUCUGCCCUUGUAGGGACUAUAUAAAAGGGCAGGUUGCACUCUGCAAUGGUUGCAUAUAGUCUUUCCAAGCACUAGCACCAUCCACAACUCAUGCUUCUGGGAUAAUUCAGAAAAUAUGAACCGCUGGGUUUGAGCGUCAGGUUAAAUGUUCUCAAGCAUUUUUCCAGUUCAAAAUGCUGCCAUUUGUCGUAAAAGGACAUUGUUGUUCGACCUUAACGACUCUUAGUUUAAGUCGCAUCCUAUAUCUAGCAAUGCUUCGAUGUUUAAUUGUAGUUCGAACUAAUCUGGAACAAUAAUUUACUUUGGAAGGGCUUUUAACACACUCACAUCUUAUACAAAGCAACCCCUCUUAGUAAAGCAGAUUCGUGUUAUGGGGAAGUUGCUAUUUUUUAUACCAACAAUUUUAUUGAGAACUAUCCUGAUAAGGUUACGUCGUCUGCGUGUUGUAAUUAUUUGUAGUUAAUUGGUACGCAAUUUAUGCCAGCUGAAAUGGCAUUGUUUAUUCAUCAAUCAGGGCCUUUCCUGUCGUUGCAGCUCAGGUAUCAUCGAUAAAAAAAACUCCAUCAGAUAUUUGCCCUCUCCCCCAGACCCUUUUAGAAUUUGCCUAGAGUAGUGAAGGCAGAAACGAACUUUUGCAUUUAUUUUCUAAGUUGUACAGGCGCUGUUUGUAGUUUAUUCUUACAGGAUCCAGGUUGUUGCGUUGCUGCUUAUCGUAUUUUUAAAAGAAGUGUUGUUUAAACAAGGAAAUAAUUUCAACUAGAGUAUACUAGUCAACCUGCACUUUAUCUUCAGCGCUUUAGCCCAUAUACACAGCAAAGCACGUUCCCCUUUUUUUCAAGCAUAUUUGUUAAGGUCAUUUAAUACCCCUCGGGUGGUGCAAAUUUACGAAAUGUCGCUAUUCAAUAAUUUUUAGACUGUUGCAAGACCAUAACUCUGUGCCGAAUUUUUAUACCACGUCUGACACUUUCUAAGCGUCCAGAAUCUUCCAAGUGUCUACGUUCACUAGUGUCAUGAAAAUUCACUACCUUUAUAUACAGUAACUUAUUUCAAAUCAAAGAUCUUUUACGGUCAUCCGGAAGUUUUAUUUAGGAUAUCAAUCCUUUAAUUAAGGUUCCACUAUUUCUUGAAAUAGAUUUAUUUAACGAGGCGGAUAUUUUUCAGACUAUUAACGGGAUAUUAAAAUUGAUUUCUUAAAUUUUUUUAGUUGGUAAGAUAUUUUACCAAAUGACUCUCGUAGUGUUUAAACGGGGGUGGCGCUAAAGACAACGUUGAAGUUACCGAUCUUCUUAAUCCAAGUCACUUCCGAAGAAAAAUAUACAAGUUUGCCGAGAGAAUUUAGGCCCAACCUCCCAUAAAGAAACUGAUAGCCCGAAAUUUCUAGUAAUUUAUUUUUUCAUCUGCUUGCCAAACGAAGAAAACGUUUAUUGGAAAUCAAUAAAGAUUAGCGUUGUUGCCGAGGCCGAGAUGGGUUGUCAAAGGGAGCCAACUCAGCUCACGAGCACUCCUCUCUUAUCGCCACUCUUGUAUUUAAAAUCCUUUGUUUAGAAAGUAAUUUCAAUGGUGCGCAGAAAAUAAGUAAAAAAAGUACAUAUUGUGUUGGUCUAGGAUUUUAGGUAAAUAUUUAGUUGUGGGUUGUCACAAUAUUGACACAAUUUGCACUCAAGUACAAAUUAAUUUCACAAGUUACUCUUCCAGAGAUUUCAUGUUUGUGGUUAUAACUUAUUUUUCAAGAAUUUGAGAUUUGUAUUGAUGCUGUUUAAUACUUAUGGUGUAGUGUAAUGUUCAUUGUAUAAUAUUUCAAAGUUGCCUGUA